AUGUCGUCUUUUGAAUUACUUUUAGUUAGUAUUAUCUUUAAUUGUAUUCUACUCAAAGCAGAAUCGGCGGCCUUGAUAGGUGAAAACAUUGCGAACAUGGCGUCAGUGGAUUAUGCAAAUGUUGAAUUUAAAGAAAAACCUUUUUACACACCGCCUUUAGAAGAAGUAGUAGAUGUUCUUUCACGUGGAUUGCCGUCCACGUUUGAAUAUGUAAAGGUGACGGCAGAAGACAGUCCCGAUCUCACGCAGCCGCCAUUCAAUCUCACAGCGCCUGGUCUGACUGGCGACGUCAAGCUGAUAGAGCUGGGGGGUCCCCCGUACCUGGUGCCGCUGGUGCAGCGCGACAAGGUGUACGACCUGGCGGCUCUGCUGCGGCACCUGGGCCGGGACCCUGCGUUGCUGGCGGGCGCGGGCGCGGGCCCCUGGCAGUACGUCGGAGUCAACUGUGAGGGUAUAAUAAAUAUGUUCGCGGAGAAAGGCGUGGUGGAGCAGGGCACGCGCGUAGUGUCGGUGUCGCCGGUGGGCGCGCCCAAGGGCAGCAGCGGCUACCUGCAGCAGCGCCUGCCCGGCACCGAGACGCGCGUCGCGCUCAUGGGCAACUACCUGCUGUCUGCGGGGAAACCUGGCAAGGUUAUUAAAGUAGUGGCUAAAAAUAGAAUUGGAGAGUCUAAUUUCAUCACCGCCAUCAGAGAAACGCUGCAAAAACAUUAUGGAGAGAAAGUUGUUGGGCUGGGCGGUGCCUUUCUGCUGGUCGACGGCAAGGUGAAGCACCACGUGAUGCCGGACUUCUCCGAGCGCGCGCUCUGCAGCGACAGCGACGUGGACGGCUGGCUGCACUACUUCGAGAUGCGCGCGCCCAUCGUGCACCUCGGCACGCUCGUCACCGGCGACUUGGGGCUGGACCUGCGCGUGCAGCACUUCCACGGCUACAGCGCGCACGGCGACGGCGGCCACUACCACUACGACACCACGCCGCGCGACGCGCACUACGAGGGGUACUUCGCGCUCGCCUCCGCCGUCGUGCGCAUCGACCCGCCCAAGGAGACGCACGGCCUCGGACGAGAC